UUCAACGAGGUGGUUUUUUGUUUGUUAUUGUCCAGCCGCACGAAUCGAAUUUUAAAACAAUCAAAGGAAAUUACUAUAGCAAUUAUGUCUGCGGACUACGCUCACCUGUGCUCUGCGAUUGUGGAGCAGUGCUUCGGAAAAGUGUCGCAGGCGGUGUCGGACUGUUUGUUUUCGGCGACCACGCGGACCUUGUCGCAAAUCGCAAACGCCACAAAGUUUUCCCGCAAGGAGGUGGGACUAGCACUGUCGGUGCUAAUUAAGUUUCGUUUGGUGAGCUUCGAAGCAUCCAAGUUGAAUCCAUUUGUGCCAGAAUACUCUCUUAGGCGCCAAGAUAUUCUCUGCCUGCUGCGUUACCCGCGUUACAUACAUAUGGUGCAAACGAAGUAUGGAAACGUUGGUGCAUCCAUUGCAGAGGAGCUGGUCAACGCUGGCUCGGAUACCGCGAGCGCUAUAUUGAUCAAGUGUCUAUCAGAGGGAGACACAAAGUCGGAUGGUGCCGAGUCCUACCGCAACACAUUUCUUCAAAUGAUAACCGAUCAUUACAUUAUAAAGAGGCCGGAGCUAAUAUUGUCGGAAGAGCAGGAUGAGGUGAUGCCAAAGUUUGAGAGCAACGAGUGCGACUAUUUCCGGCAUCCCAACAUUGAUCUUCAGCUGAUAGAGAAGAUCCGCAGAGGCGAGGCCACAUUGGCAGAAGCCGGCGACAGUACCAUGAUUUGGAACAUCAACUAUGACCGCUUCCAUCAGGACUUUCGGGACUCCAUUAUGAUAGACUCCAUCGAACGCAAGCUGGGUGAAAAUGCUUCCGAGUGCUUUCGCUUCAUAUUGAAGAUAAUGUACAAGACAACGGAUCCUUGGCAGCGCAAACUUUCGAACCAAAUCACAUUUGUUGACAUAAAGCAGACAAUCGAGAAGAAAUCAAACAAUCUGGAUCUUAUGAAGCACUUGGAUCAGUACAUAAGUUUAUUAACUGACGACUCCCUUGGCUUCCUGCGCAGAGUGGGUGACAUGGGCGGCGGACUGUAUGUUGUGGAUAUGGAGCACGCAUUUCAAUCGCUUGCCUUUGCGUGCAUCGAGUCUGUGAUUACUGAGCGUUUUAGUUCGAAGGCGGCACGCAUAUUUCGAGUAAUACGUUUCAAGAAGUUUAUAGAGCAAGAGGAUCUACAAAAAGAGGCCAUGAUUCCAGCCAAGGAAGCCAAGUCGCUUGCCUACAAUUUGUUCCAGGAACAGUUUAUACACGUCAAGGCGAUCAAGAAAGCUGGUGGCGGUGGCAAUGGUCUGGCAAAGGCGUUUUAUCUUUUUCAGAUCAAGGAAAAAGAUUCUGUGAGAAUGUUACUGGACAUUUGCUACAAGUCGCUCUAUAACACCAUUGAGCGUUCAAACUUUGAGAAGAAUGAGCACAAGGGUCUUAUAGAAAAAUCACAAAGACUGGACAGCAUAGUGGAGACCAUGAAGGAACGCGGAGAAUCUGACGAAUACAUAGCUGAGAUUGUGGAAACAUUCACACCACCAGAAGUGGAGAUCCUUAAUAAGGUCAAACACCGUAUAAAGACCUUGUCGAAGGCUGAACUGACCAUGGACCAAACCAUCUUCCUGCUGCAAAUGUAUCAGCAUCAUUGUACAAUUUUACCAACGGGCAUUGGAAAAUAUAAAUAAUAAUCGAA